AUGUUUCCCAAGAUAAGAGGAUCCAAUGUCUGUUGUGCGGUGAUCGCAGUGUUCUUCAUCAUCUCGGUCGGAUUGAGUGAUUCGGUCAGUGCGAAAUCUGUAAGAAAACGCGUUGGGGAUCGCUUCAAAGACUGGAAAGAUGAGGACGAGUACGUUGAUCACGAUUACUACAAACGUAAAAGAGAUCGAGAAGAAAGGCUCAGGGAGAGAGAGCAGCUAGACCGAGAGAGGGAACGCUUGCGCGAAAAAGAGCGUGAGCUCCAGCGGGAGAAAGAUCACAAAGAGCUGCUAGAGAAACUUUUGAAGAAUACCAACGGGAACGGCAACAAUAAUCAGCCGGUCGCGUCGAUAUCGGCUGUGACGAUGCCCCCUCCGGUCGCUCCGUCCACUUCUGCAGCGCCGAUUCAGUCUCAGAUCCAACCUCCUCCCGUCCAGCAGCUACCCGAGAUGCCAUCUCAAUCACUGCAGCACUACGGAACGGAUACCUCUUCUCUUGGUGGAAGCAACUGGUUUUCGGAAACCGAUGGAGUCCACAAUGAAAUCUAUGCGAGUACUAACCUCGGUGGAGGUAUUUACGACUCAAAUGACUUUUCGUCGCAUUUCGGGUCGUCUUCCAUGAUCGGAGGGAAUGAGGAUUGGAAAGAUCUGGCCCAUUGGUACCGGGAACAGAAUUGGAAUCUCGACAAUAAUUUCAAUGAGUGGUCGCCUCAAGGCGGCAGACCUCGCCACAAACAUCGCCGUAAGCAUAACAAAGGACAGAAGAUAUCAGGAGUGAAGAACGGCAUAAUCAAGGCGAAAAUAACCGCUCUCUACGUCAAGAAAAUUGGCAUCGCGUUCCUCAUCGCCAUGCUGGCUCCCUUGGUCGUCAUCACUGUGUUCGGUCCGUUCCUCACGGCUCUCAGCCUGGUCCCUCUGAACUUCCAGACCUGGGGACAGCCGAUACCUCGACCCCAAUUGUUACAGCCCGGACAAGGUCAUCUGUUCUCGUCCCUUCAACGCCUGAAGAACCCGGGUUAG